CCUGUCGGAUCCAAUAUUGACUGCACAGCACUGCUUUUUAAUUUGAGUCUCUCCACAAAUCCAGCGCCUUGUUCACAAAGGAAUCUGUGGCUACCCGACCCGUCCCGGAAACACGAUUUGUUCCGCGCAUGCGCGAAACUGACGUCACUUCCUGUUAUCGCCGACGUUUUACGACAGUCUUCUCGACCUGGGACCAGCUCGGAAUCUGGCAGGGGUGCAUUUCUCGGCAUUACACCUGUUCCGGGCGUCUUCGAAUUUUAUCAUCAAAGACACAUUGCAAGCUUCAUUGACCCAGGAUCCUGGACUGAAAAAACAGGAAGAGACCUUGAGUUUUUUCCUCAACAGUCCAGUGGGGAUUCUUGUGGUGUCUACAUGCUGAUGUAUGCUCUCAGCAUCUGCACAUCAUGUCCCUUAACAUUCACAGAGGAGGAGGUGCCAUUGAUUCGCCAGUGGUGGUGCAUUAACCUCAUGGAAAGAUUUUGCCUAGAAGGGCAUGGACAGAGGUUUGCAUACUGGACCGAAGAAGCAUCCCAACUCCUUCAGGGGAUCGUUGAGCCUGUGUUUAGGGUGUCGAAAUUCACCACCACCAAACUGUCACCCAGCAGAAGAGUUGUGGAUGACAAGGACAUUGAUAAGGUGCAGCAGCCAACCAUUGUCCGAGACCUAAAUACAGCGUGGUACUGGGUACAGAAUCACAGACACUUAUUCCGUGGGGAGGUGACAGAGCCUGCCUUUUUGCAGAUGAACAGGGGUGAUCAACAAAAUGCCAUCAAGAACCUCUUGGGGGGUCAAUUCUCUGAGGCGAAGGAUGCCUUUUUGUUUAUAUUUCAUUACCAAGAAGACAUGGAAACAUUUUUGUCGUACUGUGUUGAUGACCAAGGCCUAAAGGUCAAUGCUAUGUUCUACAAAGAGAAAUGUAGUGUGUGAGUGAGUGAGUGUGCGUGAGAGAGAGAGCGU